CGAGGCGUCGCGGCCGCCUCCUGGUUGAUGUGCUGAAAAAGCAGUGGGGUCUGUGGACUUACUUCCACUGAACAAAUGAGCCUCAUCCUGAAGCGUUUCUGUGCUUGCAGAAGCUGAAGCUGCUGUAGCGAGAGGAAUAAUGUUUCCAACAUGUCUGUGCAGUCACUACUUUGUGAGAGAAUUGCUGUUGCCAAAGAAUUGAUCAAGAGAGCGGAAGCCCUUUCCACGUCCCAGAAAAGGAGAGUAGAAGGUGGAGCAAAGCUAUGUGGCAAACUAAAGGCUGAGCUAAACUUCUUACACAAGGUUGAGGCAGGGAAGGUGGCUGUUAAAGAAUCCCAUCUGCAGAGUACAAACCUUACCCAUCUCCAAGCCAUCAUCCAGUCAGCAGAGAACUUGGAGGAUGUUGUCAGUGUUCUCCACGUCUUUACUUAUGAGGACAAGUUUGGAGAAAAACAGACACUGGUGGUGGAUGUUGUUGCAAAUGGAGGUCACACGUGGGUGAAGGCCAUUGGCCGUAAGGCUGAGGCCCUGCAUAACAUCUGGCUGGGCAGAGGCCAGUAUGGUGACAAAAGCAUCAUUGAGCAGGCAGAGGACUUCCUGCAAGCAAGCCGUCAGCAGCCAGUGGAGUACAGCAAUCCCCAUAUUAUCUUUGCCUUCUACAACAGUGUGUCCAGUCCUGUGGCAGAGAGACUGAAGGAGAUGGGGAUAUCUGUGCGAGGAGACAUUGUGGCUGUGAACUCGCUGGCAGAGCCGUCUGCAGAAAACCAGCGCCUUAGCGACAGCGAAUCAGAUGAAGAAGGCCCUGAGCUCCUGCAGGUGACCAGAGUAGACCGGGAGAAUCUGGUGGCCAGCAUUGCUUUUCCUACCCAGAUCAAAGUGAAUGUGUGCAAUAGAGUUAACUUGGACAUCACUACCUUAAUAACUUAUGUCUCUGCUCUCAGCUAUGGUGGCUGCUACUUCAUCUUCAAAGAAAAAGUGCUAACAGAGCAAGCAGCUCAAGAAAGGAAGGAGAGAGUCCUGCCUCAGCUGGAAGAGUUCAUGGAGGGAAAAGAGCUCUUUGCCUGUCAGUCUGCUGUCAGGGAUUUUCAGUCCAUCUUGGAAAUGCUGGGAGGACCUGGAGAGAAGGAGCGAGCUGCACUGCUUGUGAAAAGAAUUAACGUGGUGCCAGAUCAGCCCUCUGACCGUGCCUUAGGACUAGUGGCUAGUUCCAAAAUCAACAGCCGUUCUCUUACCAUUUUUGGGACAGGGGACACACUAAAAGCCAUCACCAUGACUGCAAAUAGUGGCUUUGUGAGGGCAGCAGCUAACCAGGGCGUCAAGUUCAGUGUUUUUGUCCAUCAGCCUCGCGCUUUGACAGAAAGCAAAGAGUCUUUUGCCACCCCCUUACCAAAGAGUUGCUCACCUGAUGGUGGGCUCUAAGUCAUGGAGACCAUUAGUAAUGGAAAUAUUGCAGGUGCUGCAGUGGAGGCUUUUGGAGGAACAGGAAUCAUCAUACCACAUUUUGGGAUGUAGCAGUGGAAGGAUUCCCCAAGGGAUUUGCAGUAUCUCUACGCAUUUCCUGCUUCUUUUGUUCAGCUGCCCAUUAAUUUAUUCACAGAGGUAAUAAGAUUUCAAUGCUGCUUGUUAACUGGCAUACUAUGUAUUAAUUGUAUCCCUAUUAAAAAUGUCACUUAAAGCACA